UCAAAAACUUCGGCUUCCGACAUUGUUAUAUUAUGCUUCAGCUUUCUGGAUCUCACCUCCGCCGCAGCAAUUCCUCACUAACUCCGUCGCUGUCCUGUUUAGCUUUUACUUAUCAGCAAUGUUUGCCCGCAUUUCCCGGCUUGAGGGGAACCCUACCAGGAUUUUCUGCUUCAAAUCUCUCCUUCAGUACUACUCCUCCACCUCCACAGCCGUCCCAGCAGCUGCUCUGAAGCCUCAAAACCAAUUCUUGGCGGAGUACUUGAUAAACUCACUCGGAUUCUCAAAGCAAGAAGCCAUCUCCGCUUCUAACAAGGUAAAACGCUUGAAUUCCAUCGAGAAAGAUUUCGAUUUAGUCGUUGAUUUUUUGAAGAAAACGGGACUGAACCAGUCCCAGAUCAAAAGCCUUGUUUCCGUGACACCCCAAGUACUUUUGAGCAAAGUGGACAAAACUCUGAAACCCAAGCUCCAAAUUCUCCGAGAUAUUGGCUUAUCUGGGUCGGACCUUGUUAAGGUUGUCAUGAACUAUAGAACCUUUUUUCUAUUGGGAUUGGAUAAUCAUCUUAAGCACCAUGUUAAUUAUUUGAGAACUGUGUUGGGGAGUGAUGAGAAAGUUGCUUUAGCUUUGAAAAAGUAUGGUAUGUUGCUUGAUCAUCGUGCCCCCGAAAGGUUAGCAUCCACUGUCUCGUUAUUGCAGAAGGUGGGGUUUUCUGAUGAGAAUGUUGUUAGAUUUAUAAUGAGGAAUCCGAAGCGAAGUUUGGUAAUAAAGCCUGGAUGGAUAGAGGAUAUAUUGCAUAGAGUGGAAAAUGAAUUGGGGAUUCCUCGCGAAUCUAGGAUGUUCUUCUAUGGAAUUGAAGCUCUAGCUUCUGUUAGCAAGUCAACACUGGAGAUGAAGCUUGAUAACUUGAGAAGUUUUGGCUGGCCUGAUGAGGAAAUAUUCCAAUUGAUUAGGAAGCUACCCUUUAUUUUGAACCUGUCGGUGGGUAAAGUAGGAGCAGCUUUAGAUUUUUACAUGAAGGAACUUGGAUGUACUCCGGAUUACCUGGCUUCGCGCCCAGUGUUUUUUAGUUUUGACUUGGAGAGAAGGGUUAAGCCAAGAGUUAGAGUUUUGGAGACUCUUAAUAAGAAGAAGUUGAACACGAAGAAUACAGGCCUUGAUAGAGUUUUGGGCAUGCCUGAAUCAAAGUUUGUGAACAAUUUUCUUCUCCCGCACAAGGAUAUAUUACCUAAUAUGUAUGAACAGUAUCUAAAGAGUGUUGGACAACAGAAGGCAAAGGAACUCUGUGUUAAAGGUGAAGCAGAGUUUCGUCCCAGCAAACAUUGUUAAAGGUGAAGCAGAGUUUCGUCCCAGCAAACAUUGUUAAAGGUGAAGCACCAUUCCAUUAUAACGGAAUGUUAAAGGUGAGGCAAAGUUUCAUCAGAGCAACGAAGGCAGGGAGCUUCUGUUUACAAUAAUGUGAUUAGAUAAGCAUACAGUCCGUUCAUUGAGUCUGCCAUUGAUGUAGAAAAUCAGUGUAUAUCUGGCCAUUUGGACCUUUUUGAAAAAGCUUUUGUUUACUAAGGUGUUCACUUUGUGUUUUCCUAACUGGUAGAAAGACAUGAUUUAGACCAAAUGUAAAGGCCGCUGCAGCUGGGAAUGCAUAUUGCAGGUUUCAAAUACCUUUAGUGCG